GAGUCGCGGUGCUCCGGGCCGGAGCGACGUUGGAGGGACCCCUCCCAGGCUCUGUGGGAAAACCGUGCAGGAGCGGCCCCUAGGCCGGGCGGGCGAGCGAGUAGCGGAGCGAGCGAACGAGCCGGACGCCGGCGUUGAGUGCGCUUCCCCACACGCUCCCAGGCCGCCCCGGGUCCUGGGCUCUCAGGAGGAUCAGCACCCGGGGCCGAAGAGCGGGGGCGGACGGAGGCGUUGCUGUAGCUCAAUAUCGUCGCGGCGUCUGGAGCCUUAGGUUGGCGCCUGGGGUCGGGGACUGAGGCUCGGGCGCUGCCUGCCGGAGUGGAGAUCCGGUUUGCCUUCCGCCCCCGCUCAGGACCCUGACGCGGGUGAGGCAGCCCCGGGAGCAUGAGCGGGCAGCGUGUGGACGUCAAGGUGGUGAUGCUGGGCAAGGAGUACGUGGGCAAGACGAGCCUGGUGGAGCGAUACGUGCACGAUCGCUUCCUGGUGGGGCCUUAUCAGAACACCAUUGGGGCCGCCUUCGUGGCCAAGGUGAUGUCCGUCGGAGACCGGACGGUGACUUUGGGUAUUUGGGACACAGCAGGCUCUGAGCGCUAUGAGGCCAUGAGCCGAAUCUACUAUCGGGGCGCCAAGGCUGCCAUCGUCUGCUAUGACCUGACGGACAGCAGCAGCUUUGAACGGGCAAAGUUCUGGGUGAAGGAACUGCGCAACCUAGAGGAGGGCUGUAAGAUCUACUUGUGUGGCACCAAGAGUGACCUGCUGGAGGAGGACAGGCGGCGCCGACGUGUGGACUUCCACGACGUCCAGGACUAUGCAGACAAUAUCAAAGCUCAGCUCUUUGAAACAUCCAGCAAGACAGGCCAGAGUGUGGAUGAGCUCUUCCAGAAAGUAGCAGAGGAUUACGUCAGUGUGGCCGCCUUCCAGGUGAUGACAGGGGAAGCUGCCAGGACCAGACUUCCUUCCUGCCACUCUGUUCUCACGAGGCAACCUGGGAGUCCAGCUCCUGUGAGUAGACGCUGCCAAGCCUGGAAAAGGAUCUCUGAUGCACUUCAUACCCUGACUGUAGUGUGGGGUGGAGGAUGUAAAGAAUAAAAUAAUUAUUUUCAUCAAUGCUAAAGAUGUAGAUUUGGUGGUUGUUCAGAAGAGGAUCAACACAGUGAUUUAAACCACUUCAAACUCAGUAACUUCAGGGGGAAGCAGACAUUUAAAAACUUGGAUGCUUUUGUAGCAAUGACAACUAUUUUGCUAUUAGAAUGGGUUUGCUCCAGUAGAGAAGCAAAUGAGGCUUUGAAUUCAAAUUUCAACAGUUUCCAUAAUUUUUUCUGACUUAACAGGGCUAGGACAGGUAUUAGUUCUCUAACUACCUAUGGAAGCUAUGGCUUCCCCCUCAGAAAGGCUUCCUGGGGAAGUGGCUUAGAGGCAGACGCUCUAUUGAGAUCCUGAUUUACAAGCACUUGGCCAAAUGCCAAAAUACCAUCCUACACAAAGAUCAGGAGUUUCUAAGAGUAAAGAUUUCCUUUUAACUGCCAAGUCACACCCCCUGGAGAAAAGGUCUCAGUAUAGGUUCCAGGAGAAUCCCCAAAGGAUGGCAAGGUCACCUCCCCCAAUGGGUCAUGCAAGAGUCUCACUUCCCAAAAGUCCUUCCGACUCUGCUUCUAAUUGUAUAGUGACUGCUUUCAUGAUGUUAACAAUCUAGUAUCAAAUGCUAUCAGUGGGCCUGAGAGUUGAACAUCUAAUUUCCAAUCAACCUAAGAGAGUCUUACAAUGGCCCUCAUGAAAGCCGAGCUGGCUGUCCAUCCAUUUAAAUAAACAGCUUCAGAAGUUGUUUCCUACGCAGGUCUGGAAGGAAGCUUUCCAGUGAAUGGGAGAAUGGAAAAAACUGAAACAAAACCACAAAGUGGCCCACCUUUCCCUCACUCCUUCCUGUCCUGUGAGACAUAUCUAGAGUGGCUGUCAAGUCAAUUACCUACCAAAGCCUACAUCAGAGAAGCUCCUUCAGGAUCAAACUUCCCCACUUAAAAAUUUUACAUAGCCUGCACACCCCCCCCAAACAAAAUUCACAGUUUAUUUCAUGGAACAAAGAGCUACGGUAAUUUAACACACAACACAGUGGAAAGAGAUUCUGACAGUGCAGUGUGGAUAUCUUUUUCUGAUCACAACUACAGAUGACAGGAGAAAAAAAGGGCACAGGACUGGCACCAAGCAAAUCCUACUCAUACAACCUAAGAGAUUAGGGAAAGGGACCUACUAGCUGCAGUUAUAUACUUAUUAUUCUCACACAUGAUAAAUACUUAAUAUAAUGAACUUUAAUGUUCUGGGUGGAUUUCUUUAAAAAUAUCUUUUCCAUGGUUUAAAAUUUUUUUAAAAGAAAAUAAGAUGCUUUGUUUUCUCUUCCUCUAAAACAAAGAGCUUUUCCUCUCUGAUGAUGUGGGAAGAGAGACAGGAUGAAAGGGGAGAACUAGGCAGGUGGAAUUUACAGAGGAGAGUCCGAGGUCUAAGUGAGAUGCAAGAAUAGGCCCCUUAACUCAGGGCAGCCCUGCCCAGCCUCAUGCCUCUGCCUGAGUUCAAAUGUCUCAACCCCAGAGACAGACUUUGGGAAAUAAAAGCAAAUUCUUUUUUAAAUCUUUAUAUAAAGCGCAAAUGCUUCUAUAACAACAGUUGUUCCCUCCUUAGAAGUAUGGGAGUAACCUCAAUAGAAACUCAGGAGGAGGAAAUUGGGACAAAUUACAGAAUCCUGUUGAGGGUGUAAAAGCCAUAACUGAGACAGAAAUGGCCAGGAGACCUUGGGGCCAGGAGAUGGCCUGUUGGCUAAAGCUGCUGGCUAAGUUGGCAAAGCAGAGAGGUAAACAUGUUUGGUCUAGGGACAAAGAGGGGGUGGGUGAAUGGGAAGGAACUGGCCAAACAGCACUUCCUGUUGGCAGUCAGUGAGCUGGGUGAAUGGUAGGGCAGGGUAGCACCAACAGAUUUCCCAGCCCUUGGGCCCCAGCUCAGGGCAGCAGUAACAGAUAAUCAGCAGUUAUGAGGAGUCAUCUCUUGGACUGGACAUUGCUCUAAACGCCACACCUUGCCAGUCAUGGGGAAGGGUUCUGGCUUGCCUUUGAGCUAAGUCAGCAGGCAGAUGCUCUCAAUACAGAGCACAGCAUUUCUCAGGAAGAGGGUGGUAGAAUCCACUAGUGAAGAAGACUCCCUCCAUUCAGGUAGGAGGGCAAAGGAUCAGGAGAGAAGUAAUUUCUUGCCAGGAUCUGGCACUCUCCCUGAGCUGGUGGUGGAUCUAGCCCAGAGCUUGCCAGAGAUUCCCUAGGUGUACUGCCCGAGACUCUGAAAUCUGAAAGCACCUGAGUGUUUGGGGGACAGGCAUGGGGUGGGUUGAUGUAAAAGGAGGAAAAUCUGUAGAAAAGAAAGGUAAGCUUGCCAAUUGCCUUCUUGAGGGAAAGCUGUGUCCUCACAGAGCCCAGCCCCCCAACCAACUGCUCCACCAAGGACAGAUCUUUAGACUUUCCAGAGCCCAGACAGAAGCAGCAGAGGCUGCCCAGCCAACAGGCCCUACCUGCCUAUAGAGGAGACCUCCGCAUGAGUGUGCACGCAUGCACAUACACACAGGCACACCUGACCAGGAGACACUCAAAACCACCACUUCUGGGGCCACAAAGGACAUGACAAAAUGAGCCUGGAGCCCCAGGGCCCCUCAAACUUCCUGUUAUUUCCUGGUCAAAGGUUCUUUAAAAAUAACCUGGGAACCCAGGCAAGCAUGUUAGGCUCACAGGGAUCAGGUCUUAUUUAUCUCUGUAUCUCCUGCCAGUGACUAGCACCAGGCCUAGCACACACGAAUGUUCAAGAAAUCACCACCGAUUUGAA